AUGGCGUCGAGGCUCUCAAGCAGCGGCGGUGGUGCAACGAGAGUCGACUGCGACGUUGUUGUGGGCGACACAGAUGACAGAAAAGGUGCAAGGUGGCGCGACAUCAAAAUCUUCUCCGCAUUUCUCUACCGAAACGGAAACUUCAAUCUGCGGCGGUGGUGCGGUGACUCUAUUGGAAGCUAUGAUGGCCCUACGGCAAGCUGCAAUUGCAAUAUCCAAGGAUGUCAUCAUUCGAUUGAUGAGUUCGACGGUUGA